AUGUAUGGCACCACACAGAAGAUGCGAGCUGCUGUGAGCCACAAGUUUGGUCGUGACCACAAGCUUGGCACACAGCCAUGGUCAGAACACCCGAUGAUUGCUGGAAAGUCAAUUGUAAACCCAUCCCUCUCAGUCAUGGUCUCACAAUACAUGGUCAGUCUUCAUCGAAGAAAGGUAUGGUCUGGUGAAGCAGUCACAAGUGCUCAAGCCAUAGAUGAAGUGACUAUGAAGUGCCUGUGGGAUUUUGUCUGGGCAACACCAUGCAAGGAGUAUGGAGCAACAUCUUGCAAGCGAAAAGCUGAGAAUCCAGCAGAGUGGGCAGGGUUCAUGAUCUGCAGUAUGCUUCUGCUACUUUAUCUGGUUUCAAUGAUCUGUCUCCCAUGCUAUGAUGAGGCCCUGCAGAUUACUUGGGCAGAUAUCACAUUCCAAGGCUUCCGACCUGGUGACUUCCAUGUGAGACUCGAACUGCCAUUCAGAAAAACACAUCAAUACAGAGGGAUAGCACCAUUCUAUGUAUAUGCUGAUGAGCAAUUCUGGUGGAUGUUAGUGAGGGAGAGGUGCAAGAAUCUUGAUGGGUUCAUUUUUUGGAAGAAAAUUGGUACAGACAGUGUUAGUGUCAAUCUGACUGAUGGUAUGACCUCCAAUGCAUUCCUUGAAUGUUUCCAUAACAAUCUCCUGGAUAUUGGCGUGGACUCAUGUGGAUGUCAAUUCUUAUACAAGGUAUGCAGAUGGGACUUCAGGGACAUCUGUGAUUGGGGAGGAUGGGCCGAAAACUUCAACAAUCCAGGUACAAUAUUCAAGUACCUGCUGUCAUGGAAUGACAAUCCUCGGGAGAAGCGAGAGCACUAUAUGAAUCCUAACAGGCUGAUGAAGGACCCUUGCCAUGCUUGUGGUAGAACCUGUCAUUGUGCUUAA